AUGGCCUCCUACAUUCCCAACCUCUCCCGCGACAACAUCUCCCUCUACCUCGUCCCCGUCGCCUGGGUAGUAGCAAUCAUGCCCCGCUUCUGGGCCGCCAGCAACUACAGGAAAGCCUGCGGCAAAGACUUCAACGCCCUCCAACCUCGCGACAUGGUCUCCCAAAUCAACUUGGACCAGGCGAUCGACUCCAAGACCAAAGGCCGUCUCCUGCGAGCAGAGGCCGCCCAGCAGAAUGGCAUGGAGAACAUGGGCCUGUUUGCGGGUGCCAUCGCCGCUGGCAAUGCUGCAGGUCUCAGCCCGGCGACUCUCAACGGGCUUGGGUUGGCGUAUGUUGGGCUUAGGGUGGUGUAUAACCAUAUCUACAUCUUCAACGACCUUGUACCGCCGUUUGCGAGGACGGCGACCUUUUUAUCGAGUGUUGGGGUGUGUUGGGCUAUGUGUAUACAAGCCGGGAACAAGGCGAAGAGCUCGCUCAUCUGA